GGUCCUAAACCAAUGCUACCUUACAGCUCAUUCUUUAUAUUUGGACCAACUAAUCCAAUACGUCGCUUUUGUCAUUUUGUGGUGAAUCUACGAUAUUUUGAUUUAUUUAUUAUGAUUGUAAUUAGUGCUAGUAGUGUAGCUUUAGCUGCUGAAGAUCCUGUACGGGAGAAAUCGGAGAGAAACAUCAUUUUAAGUUAUUUUGAUUAUGUUUUUACCGCAGUAUUUACCAUAGAAAUGUUACUCAAGGUUGUAGAUUUAGGAUUAGUUCUACAUCCAGGAGCCUAUUGUCGUGAUCUAUGGAAUAUAUUAGAUGCUACUGUAGUCAUCUGUGCCCUUGUUGCCUUCGCUUUCAAUGAUAGUGCUGGAAAAAAUUUAAACACAAUCAAAUCUCUCCGGGUUCUUCGAGUUUUACGACCUCUCAAAACAAUCAACAGAGUUCCUAAAUUAAAGGCUGUGUUUGACUGUGUUGUAAACUCACUGAAGAAUGUAUCAAACAUUCUGAUAGUGUACUUUCUGUUUCAAUUUAUAUUUGCUGUGAUAGCUGUACAAUUAUUUAAAGGAAAAUUUUUCUACUGUACUGAUGAAUCAAAAGCUACAAGAGAAGAGUGCCAGGGUCAAUAUUUUGACUAUGAAGGGAAUAAUAAUGUACCUACAGUUAAAGACCGGCAGUGGUUACGACAAGAUUUCCAUUAUGAUGAUUUAGUAUCAGCAAUAUUAACAUUGUUUACUGUUACCACAGGAGAAGGGUGGCCGAGCAUUUUGAAGCAUUCCAUGGAUUCCACAGAUGAAGAAGUUGGGCCAAGACCAGGCAAUAGCAUGGAAAUGGCCAUAUUUUACGUGGUUUUCUUCAUUUUUUUCCCAUUUUUCUUUGUGAAUAUCUUUGUUGCCUUGAUUAUUAUAACAUUCCAAGAACAAGGAGAUAAUGAGUUAAUAGAUCAAGACUUAGAUAAAAAUCAGAAACAAUGUAUAGAUUUUGUGUUGAAUGCUAAACCAAAUUGUCGUUUUAUGCCAAAGAAUAAAGAUUCUGUGAAAUAUAAAAUCUGGAAGUUAGUGGUAUCACCCAAGUUUGAAUAUUUUAUAAUGACAUUAAUUGCCUUAAAUACAAUAGUUUUAAUGAUGAAGUAUGUAGGUCAACCUGAUGUAUAUAAAGACAUACAACGAUAUUUAAAUAUGAGCUUUGCAAUACUGUUUACCAUCGAAUGUACGCUUAAAAUUUUCGGCUUUGGCCCGAGGAAUUAUUUUCGACAGCCAUGGAAUGUGUUUGAUUUUACUACAGUAAUAGGAAGUAUAAUAGAUGUCUCUAUAACAGAGUCAUCAGUAAGUUAUCAUGAUAUGAAAUAUAUAUAUUAUAUAUGA